UAAAGCAAAAUCCAAGAGUGACCGUGAGAUUCACCAAACAAAACUUUCAUUCUUCUGAGAGAGAAAAAAAAAACAACGACUGUGUUUGCAUCUUGUGUGUGGUUCUCCUUCUUCAUUGUUUUCAUCUAAUCUUAUUCCCCUUUCUGUUACUCCCCGCUUCUCUGAAUCCCUUUCUGUUAAUCAUCUGUCUUUCAAGUUAUAUGAUUUUUUGAGUUUUUAAUCAAACUUACAAACUACUAUUUCUUUGGAAGCCAGGUGUUUUCAGAAUCGAGAUCCAGGUUCAAAAAAUUUGUUUUUCUUCAUUUCAUUUUUCAUUUUUUCUCAUCUUUCAAUCAAUCAGCUAAAAGGGUUGUUUUUGAUCCCUUAAGGCUUUGAUUUUUCUCAAUAUUUCUUGGAUUAAAGGGGUUGUCUAUUUAAAACCUCUUCUUCCAUCUUUCAUCUAGAAAACUUAAAAAAAAAAAUAUUGUUCCUUUUUUUUUAAUUUUUCUCUGAAAAUUUUCAGUAUUAGAAAGACAACACAGGUUGAUUUUUAUCUAAGAUCUGUGUGUGCAGUUUACAGUUUUUUCAUUACAUGGCAGCUUCAAUGGAUUUCUACAACAGUUCAACAACUCAACUUCAAUCAGAUCCCUUUAGUGGUGGUGAGUUGAUGGAAGUUCUAGAGCCUUUCAUGAAGACUAGUCCUUCCUCAACUCCCUCUCAAUCUUCUUCAUCCCCUUUCUCAAAUUCAUUCCUACCUUCUUCCAACUCUACCUCUACCUCUUCUUACCCUUCUUCUCCUUCUCCUUCUCCUUCUCCUUAUCCCUUCUACCAAAACCAACCCUCUUCUUCUUUCUCUUCUUCUUCUUCUUCUUCUUCUUCUUCUUUCUUCACUACACAGCCCAAUUUCUACACAGAUGGUUGCUCUUCCAUGAUGCCAUACCUAUUUCCCUCAGGGUUUUCAUCAUCAUCACAAAGCCAAAACAACUCCAUAGGCUUUGAGCAAGAGCAACCAAGUUCUGUUAUUGGGCUAAACCAGUUAACCCCAUCUCAGAUUAGCCAAAUCCAAACCCAGAUCCAUUUCCAGUCCCAGCAGAACACCAGCAACUCUCUUAGCUUCCUCGCGCCGAAGCCGGUCGCAAUGAAGCAAUCUGGCACCCCUCCUAAGCCUACCAAGCUCUACAGAGGUGUGAGACAGAGGCAUUGGGGGAAAUGGGUAGCUGAGAUUAGGCUUCCCAAGAAUCGGACCAGGCUCUGGCUUGGGACAUUUGAGACUGCUGAAGAAGCUGCUCUGGCUUAUGACAGAGCAGCUUACAGGCUCAGAGGUGAUUUUGCAAGGCUGAAUUUUCCAAACUUGAAGGAUCAAGGUUCUUGUUUUGGAGAUUACAAGCCUCUGCAUGCUUCUGUUGAUGCUAAGCUUGAUGCUAUUUGUGAGAAUUUGGCUGAUUUGCAGAAACAGGGGACUAAAGCAGAGAAGGGUGUGAAGUCUUCUAAGAAAGGUUUGAAGAAACAGGUUCAGGCAGAGGUUGAGAACAAGGUGGAAGCUUCUUUGUCUCCAGUGGUGACUGAGAGUGAAAACUCUGAUGAUUCUUCUCCUUUGUCUGAUCUUACAUUUGGUGAUUUCAGUGAGCCUCAGUGGGAUGCUACUACUUCAGAAUAUCUUAAUCUGCAGAAGUUUCCAUCUUAUGAGAUUGAUUGGGAUUCUCUGUGAAGUUGAAGUUGAAGUUGAAUUUGGUAGAGUCUUGUUAUGUGACUAGUGUUAAUGUAGGUGGUAGCUAGUGUCUCUUCUUAUCUUGUGGCUGCUGCAAUUGAGUUUUUGAAAAUUGCAGUGCUGCAUGUAGGAUUUAUUUGGGUAAUUGGGUUUAUGGUUUAGGGUUAUUUUUCUUUUUAUUAUUGAUUAUUAUUAUUAUGUCAAUAUAUGAUGUAAAUCUCUGUCUACCUUGGUCAGCUGGUUUUUUUCUUGCUUGACCAUGGAGAAUGACUCCGGUUUAGGUGUUCUUUGAAGUAUAUUAUUAUUGUUAUUGAUGUAAUUCAAUUCCAGUUGUAUUUCAACUUAAGAAUAUAAUGUACUACUACUAGUUUGUCUAUGGUUAUAGAUUAA